UCUCUUUCCAGAACUGACACACUGUUCCAGUCAUUCUUUCUUCUUCUUCAGUUGUUACUCUUAUUAGGGCUAGUCUAAGCUUAUCUCUUUCUUCUUCUGAUCUGAGAAACAGUUAUGGUGAGAAGACAUGGAUGGCAACUGCCUGCACACACUUUUCAGGUCGUGGCCAUUACUGUGUUCUUCCUGCUGGUUGUUGCAUUCUAUGCUUUUUUUGCUCCGUUUCUUGGAGGUCGUAUCUUGGAAUAUGCUGCCAUUGCAACUUAUACUCCCGUGGCACUCCUUGUUUUUAUUCUGUACAUCCGCUGUACGGCAAUCAACCCUGCUGAUCCAGGUGUUUUAUUGAAACUUGAUGGUGAAGUAGAGGCUAAUAAGCACAAUACAAAUUCAUUAUCUGGUUUUGACCUUCCCGAGAAUCAUCACGAAAUUGGCAACAGGACUCAUUCCUCACCAUCAUCAGUCUCCAGAAGCUCCAUAGGAAGAAACUCAAGUACUAAGGGUUCAGUUAGAGAAGAUGGGAGAGCUGAAAAUUUGGUCGUCCCUUCAAGACGAAGAUCCUCACUGGUUGGGAAUUUCUUUUGUGCUUUGUUUGUAUAUGAAGAUUGCUGCACACGUGAUGGGAAUACAGAACAGGUAACCAGCGAGGAAGAAGCAUUAUUCUGUACAUUAUGCAAUGCUGAGGUACGAAAAUUCAGCAAACACUGUAGAAGUUGUGAUAAAUGCGUGGAUGGAUUUGAUCAUCACUGCCGGUGGCUCAAUAAUUGCGUGGGGAGAAAAAACUACAUAACUUUUAUAUCGCUUAUGGCUACAAGUCUGAUUUGGCUUGUUAUUGAAGCUGGGGCUGGUAUUGCUGUUUUUGUCCGUUGCUUUGCUGAUAGGAAAGACUUGGAAAGACAAAUCAUCGAUAGGCUGGGAAAUGGUUUCUCUCGUGCCCCUUUUGCAGCUGUUGUGGCAAUAUGUUCUGUGGUUUCAUUACUUGCUUGUAUACCUCUGUGCGAACUUUUCUUUUUCCAUAUAAUUCUCAUAAGAAAGGGUAUUACGACGUAUGAGUUCGUGGUGGCCAUGCGGGCCAUGAGUGAGGCACCCGCUGGACCUUCUGUGGAUGAGGAAUUUCCGACCGUUCUUUACUCCCCAACGGGGUCUGCUACAACUGGCAUGAGUGGCGGAAGUUCUAUUGGGCUACAGUAUAAGGGUGCCUGGUGUACCCCACCUAGGGUGUUUGUGGAUUAUCAGGACGAAGUUAUCCCCCACUUGGAGCCUGGUAUGGUGCCUUCAACAAUAGAUCCAGAUGCAGCUCCAAUUGCGGAAAGAGGAAACAAGUCGAAAAGGCCUGUGCGUAUAAGUGCUUGGAAGCUGGCAAAGUUAGAUUCCAAUGAGGCCAUGAGAGCAGCAGCAAAAGCUAGGGCAUCCUCUUCUGUUCUCCGUCCAGUUGACAACCGCCGUUUGGAAGACCCUGAUAUCAGUUCCAGUGACAACAUGAGCUGCAGAAGUAGCAUGAGCACUGACGUUGGAGUUGUCAAAGAUAACAAAAGUGAACUGCAACUUUCUCCUCUGGGAAACUCUUAUGCACCAAGUUAUGGUAGUCGAGAUGACUAUGAUAUCGGAACUCCAAGCGAGAGUAGCUUCAGCAGUUCAAGCCAUGUUCAUGAAUCAGUUAGUUUAAGUCCACUUCCACUAGAACAACCUUUGGGUCCUCAUAACCCAUCAAGAACUGUUCCUGCGUUUAUCCAUGAUCGACCAUUUCAUUCUAGGGCUGUUUCAUCCACUUCCAAUCUUAACAACAACCCAGUUUUCCAUUCUUCAACCUCAAGAUUCGAUGAAAAUAUUAUGCCGAGGGGCAACAUAACAAAUUCAUUAGCAGCGGCUCCACCAACUACAUCUCUUCUUGGCCUUCGAGACAGCAGAAGGGCCUCUGUUGUUUGGGAUCAGGAAGCUGGAAGGUAUGUAUCAAUCCCUGUUACAGCUAGAACUACUGAAACAGCUCACGAAGCACGAAAUGGAUCUUCUUCAUCACAAAUUGGACCUAGAAGAGUACGUCCGGAGGGAAGCAGUUCGAAUAGAAUACCACAAUUUGUUCCUCCACGAGAAUCUUCUUCAGGUACAAGGGUUCUGCCUCCUGCACGGCAAUCUGAGAACCUUUUGUACACUGGUGAGAGUAUAUUUUUUGGUGGGCCUAUUUUGAGUGUCCCAUCAGUCGGAGAUGGUCCAAGAAGUGAGACGAACACAGGAAAUAGACCUGAAAAUAUAGGAGGAAGGAACUCAGCAUCAAGCCAGUUACCUGUUUUCCUCCCAGGAGUGAUCGGUUCCAGGACAGAGAAACAUGGGGCAGAACAAUGCGUUGUUGCGAGAGCAGUCUAACCAACUUUUUGCAGAGCCGGUGUUUUGCGUUGUGGGCCGACAGCCCGAAUUCCUGUAAUUUGCAGCAGCCAUGAUGGGGUUGAUACAAUGCAAUCAGAGAAUGAAGCAAAGUUCUCAACCCCUUCAAUUAUGCUCGAGUUUGACUUUGUAUAACUAGCUCACUUUCAGUUGAUCGAUUCUUUUGUUAAAUGCAUUCGAGCUGCAGUAGUAAUUGUGUACCGGGAUAAGUUUAACUUUAGUGUGUAGUAGAAACUGAUCUCUAGUAAUUGUGAAUCUGUGUUGCUGAGUCAAUGCACACACACGUACAGUAGCCGUAGUGAGCACAUGUCACAGAUCUCAAGUUACAGAAAGCAGUGACUAUCUCUGUAAAUUUGUUUAUUCUCAAUCGUAAUUUUAUCGUCCA